UUUUUUCCUGUGUCGCUUGGGUUCCUUGUUCGACCUAUUAGCUAUCUGACGGAAUAUAGGAGUCUUUCUGACCUAGUCUGAAUGAAUGCACCAGUGCACUUGUAAUGCCCCUUGAGGUGACAUGGCCAUUCCCACAGUGCCCCCGUCUGGGAUGGAGGAUAUCCAGCUCACUGGUCAUGGGCAUGGUGGGAUCAUACAGCUACCUGUGGACCAAGUAUAUGAACUCUUUGUCAGUGCACAACCAUGACGUUUUGUUGGACAUGGUUGACGAGCGCUCUCAGGACACACCCCUCAUUACUGUGUCCAAUCACCAGUCCUGCAUGGAUGACCCACACAUCUGGGGGGUGUUAAAAUUUCGGCAGCUUUGGAACUGGAGAAAAAUGAGAUGGACCCCUGCUGCCUCUGACAUUUGCUUCACAAGAGAAUUCCACUCUCGGUUCUUCAGCAGAGGAAAGUGUGUGCCUGUGGUUCGGGGUGAUGGAGUUUAUCAGAGAGGAAUGGACUUCCUGUUGGAGAGGCUUAAUCAGGGUGAUUGGGUUCACGUAUUUCCAGAAGGAAAAGUGAACAUGAGUGAUGAGUUUAUCAGGCUAAAAUGGGGAGUUGGCCGUUUGAUUGCUGAAUGUUCCCUUCACCCAAUAAUUUUACCUCUGUGGCAUGUGGGUUUGAAUGAUGUCCUUCCCAAUGAAACACCUUACAUCCCCCGAGCAGGAAAGAGAGUAACUAUCUUGGUUGGAAAGCCCUUUACAGUCAAGCAUUUAGUUAACUCAUUGAGAGCAGAGAACAAGAGCCCGAUGGAAAUGAGGAAAGCAGUGACGGACUUCAUUCAGGCAGAGUUUCGCAGUCUGAAAUCCCAGGCAGAAGCUCUUCAUCAGAAGAUGCAGGCCAGUCACUGAUCUGUCCACCAAAGACUUGUUUCAGGGUGUAUGCUGAAUGUGGACAGGAGGACGCCCUUGUUUACACAGAACUGCCUUAACAGAAAGGUGCUGAGUGAUGGACUUGUGUAGUCUGGCACCGCACAGCUAGAAGGAAGCAGUAGACUUACUCCUGCUGUGGAUUUACUGGAUUUUGUGAAUGCACAAGUACUGUAUCGGUUUAGUCCAUCCUGGUAAGUGCUUCAUCAAUCCAGGACAUUUAGACUUGUAUUCCAGGCCUCAGGAACAAAGAUUAUGCAUAAAGAGCUCUGUUUUCUUGGUAUGUGAUGGGAACAAUCUUCUAGAUUUUGUGGUGGCCUGAUGAACAUUUUUGAGAAAGUGAGUAAACCUUUUUUAUUAUGUUGGUUUUAAAUGUUUUAAUACUAAUUUGCACAUUUUCAAAUAUUGUAAGAUGCAUUUCAAACUAUGACUAAAACUUAAAAUGAUUUCUUAAAUAGUUUUUUUUUUCCUUUUAAUUUCUAUACAUUUAAAAUGGCUGUAACAUUUAAAAUAAGGAUCAAUUAUGAAUCAUGAGUAAGUGAAUACCUUUAAGACAAAGAUCAAUGACUUGGACAUCUGAAAAUUUGCUGAUUUCAAUAAAAAUGCUGAAUAUUUCCCCCACAUGAAUCUCAACCACUUA